CUGAUCUAGUGCUGAAUGCACCGCUAGUGCAGCAGACGACGUAUAUAGAGGACCGGCCGUUACACAUGCUGUACUGUGCAGCAGAGGAGGACUGUCUGUCCAAGAGCGCCGCUAAAGCUAACUGGCCUUACGGUCAUCGCCGCCUGCUCCGCUUCUCCUCACAGAUACACAACAUCGGACGGGCUGACUUCAGGCCCAAAGCAGGCCGUCACUCAUGGGUCUGGCACGCAUGUCACGGGCAUUAUCAUAGUAUGGACAUCUUCACACACUAUGACCUGAUGUCUGCCAAUGGCACUAAAGUGGCAGAAGGACACAAAGCCAGCUUCUGCCUGGAGGACACAGAUUGUGAUGAAGGUGUUUCCAAGAGAUAUGAGUGUGCUAACUUUGGUGAGCAGGGCAUCACAGUGGGAUGCUGGGAUUUGUAUCGCCAUGACAUUGAUUGCCAGUGGAUCGAUAUUACUGAUGUCAAACCAGGAAAUUAUAUCCUUCAGGUUGUGAUAAAUCCUAACUAUGAGGUUGCCGAGAGUGACUUCACAAACAAUGCCAUGAAAUGUAACUGCAAAUAUGAUGGCCACAGGAUCUGGGUCCAUAACUGCCAUAUUGGUGAUGCUUUCAGUGAGGAGGCUGAGAAGAAGUUUGAGAAAUACCCUGGACAACUUAACAACCAGAUCUCAUAAUCUUAUCACCAGAUUGAUAUAAUUAGCAAAUUGGGACAAUCUAAUAUGUCAGUUAAUCCAGAGUAAAAUAUUUAUUAAUUCAAACCAGCCAUAAACUAAGUAACUUCUCACAUUGCAAUUACAGAAAUCCUAAAAUCUACAAUAUCCAAUGUUUUUACGCCAAGAGUAUAACUGUACUGACAUAACCUGUAAUUUUUUAUAAAAAAAGAUCUCCCAAAAAAAAAAACACUCUUAGCCACUGAGUCUGGCUUAAGUAGUGUGAGGAUUAGAUGUAAAUGAACAUUUGUCAGGCUGUGCAGUUGUACUGCCUGUCGUAUGUGUUUACAGUGCAAUCAGGUGCUUAUUUUCUUAAAGGUUUAAAAAGCCUUGUUGAUGCAUCACGCAGCCCGUGUGCUGCUGUCUCUGUGAGUUAAAAGUACUUGAAUGUUUUGUACUCCAGAUGAGCAUUCGUGUUUAAAAGCUGUUGCAAAGUGUGAAUGUAUAUUAUGCUUCAAAGCUCUGACUCAACUCCUAUUUUACUUUCAAAUGGUCUUUCAUGUAUGACUUGUUAAAGCUUCAGUGACGUUUUUUACACGCUGUCAUAGAUUUGUCUUUUUACUG